AUGACGGGAAUCGGGUUUGGCACGUUGUCUGGUGCUUUUUUCAACCAGCCGGGAUCUCAACAACCUGGAAAUCUUUAUCCAAGUUUUAGAAACACUAGAAUAGAGCCUCAGAAUGAUACUCCAAGAAAAUAUGAAGUCAGUUCGAAAAUCUUGGGGAUUUCUGGCUUAAACUCAAUUGAGUUGGCAUCCAAAUAUGUUCAAAGUGUCUUAGAAUAUGAUAGAUCAACCCCAAUCCUCGACGAAUCAACCCAUUUAUCAAAUCCUGUGAAUUAUUUCUAUAAUAAAAACAUCAAUGGUUUGGGCCCUCUCAAUACUUUUGAAAAAGUCACUAUGUCCAGUAUUCCUGACAAAGUUUUGGAAGAAUUGAAAGGCUCAGUAAAUAACAAAAAUCUAAAUUUGGGUUUAUUCCAUGAGUUGAAUAAAGCUUGGAUCAUCAAUGGCAACAAAUUGAUUCUAUGGGAUUAUUUAAACGAUGCCAAUUAUUCUAUCAUUGAUGAAAUUCCUCAUGAUAUCCUUGCUGUCAAGUUGAUCAAGCCAAAGCCAAAUACUUUUGUUGAUAGCGUGAAGCAUUUAUUGAUUGUAUCAACGUCUCACAAUAUUUAUAUUUUGGCAGUUUGUGUCAAGCCAGAUGGGAAAAACGAAUUGGAAAUUUUUAACUCAGAUUUGUCAGUUUCGGUGAAUUCAAUUAAUGCAAACAAUUUCAUUUGUUUUGAAAAAACUGGUCAAAUCUUUUUCACCGGCUAUGGUGACGAAUUGAAUAUUUGGGAGUUGACUUAUUCAAGUGAUGAAAAAUGGUUUGAUAAAAAGUGCAACAAAAAGUGUUUGACCAGAUCUAACUUAUCGUAUUUGCUCCCUUCUACUGGUAUGUUCGGAUCCACUUCUGGUGAGUCCGCUGAAACAGUGAUUUCUUUGCAAAUUGAUGAAUCAAGAGAUGUAUUGUAUACUUUAUCAUCAAAAUCUGUCAUUAGAGCCUACACCAUCAAAAAGGAUGGUUUAGAUGGUCCUUACGUUCUAAGACCAUCCCAGAUUUUAACCGAUUUGAGAACUACCGCAUGCAAGGGUGCCAAAUUAUUGGCGAAAGCGUUAUUCAAUAUUGUCAGUAUUAAUGUCGUCACAAAGAAUGAAAAUGAUAACUUGUACUUGGUUGCCAUCACACAAGGUGGUUGCAGAAUUUAUUUCAAUGGUGCUUUAUACGGUGGUAAAGUGGCGGCGUUAAGAUUUCAAAACAUUAAAUUUCCACCUUCAAAAUUGACAGUUGCCGAAAUUCAACAGCAAAUACAAGGACAACAACAACAACAACAAUUAUCGACAUCCUUGUUGGGUACAAAUGCAACUCUAAAUAGUAGACCAAACAACUUAUUGGAGUAUCAAAAAGAAUCUCCAAUCUUGGUUAAUACCACUUCAAAGAGUAAAAUUAUUUCUCCAGGUAUAUUUGUUGCGGCAGUCCAGAAAACCAAAGGAGAUCAAGAAAAUAAUAAAUUGUUUGUGUCUGUUCCAGAUUAUGGUAUAUUGAAUUAUUACCACGAAUACAUUGAAAAUGCUACAUUUUUGGAAACUUAUGGUGUCAUUUAUGAUAUUGUUCAGUUGACACCUUCAGUUCAUGCCACCAACACUCCAAAAGGUUAUGCCAAUUAUUUUGCCUCUCAAUAUACUUCCAUUCCUUUACACAUUGCAGUUUUAACUAACAAGGGGGUUGCCAUUUACAAACAGAGAACCCCUUCAUCGAUUUUCACUUCAUUGGGAGAACAGUUAUUACCUUUUGUCGAAAGAUACAGUUUGCAAGAGGCUUGCUCGACUGCCCUCAGUAUUAUAUGUAAUGACAAGUAUUCUGAAUCAAUCAAGUUGAAUACAUUCAAUUUCUUUGUCGGGGCAAUAAGUAACUAUAGCUUUGAAAAUAAACCAGUUUAUGAGAAGCCAGCUUCAUUGACGAGUACUCCGUUGGAAACUUUCAACUAUUCAUUUGAACAUGUUAAGUUAAGUCCAAGAUUUUAUGGUAUCACAUUAUUGGUGUCUAGAAUUUUUAGAGAUAUUUGGGCUAAGCAGGUUUUCCUCAUUGAUAAGAAUUCUUUCCUUCCAAACGGCACCAAGAAUGAAAAACAUUUGACAGAAAGUAAACAAUUUCUUUCUGACAUUAAUAUUGAAAAAGCUCAAGUGAUUGGAUUUUUGAACACCGUUGUCGUGUUGAUCAAGUUCUUUGACGAUUAUGGGAAUAGAAUCCCAUAUUUUUCAAACUCAUUGAUUUCUAAUAGAGGAAUUUCUAGAGAGGAAGAAACUUCCAUGCAAGCCGAGUACACUGCCUUGAACUCGAUUUAUGAAAUGUUGAAGAUAAUGAAGGAAGCUUUUUCAUUUUUGUUGAUUUUGUUCGAUGAAAGUUUGAUUGUUGGUUUUGAAGAUCAAUCUUUGGCAUUUAAAGAUACCAUCAAGUUCAUUUCUUUGGAAACUCAAGAGAAAUUGGCGAAAUUGAAAUUCAGUGAUUUGUUUUCAUUGACUAACGACACUAAAGAUAUUGUGAAGGAUGUUUUCACGUCUAUUAUCAACAAAAAUAUUGCCAAAGGUGUAUCGGUUGAUUAUUUGGCUGAUAGUUUACAGAAGCACUGCAGCUCAUUCUGUUCGGCUAAUGAUGUUAUUAUCUUUAGAGCUUUUGAACAUUUACGUAAAGCCAACUCCAUCGGAUCCAAGGAUAAUGAUGUCAAACUACAAGAAUUAUCGAUUGCCGUGAAAUUAUUAAAGAAUGUUGGAGGAUCACUAACCAUUGAUAAUUUGAAAGAAGCGGUUAGCAUUAUGAUAAAAUUAGAUUAUUAUCCGGAAGUAAUUGAAUUUGUACUUGACAUUGCCAAUAUUAUUGAUAAAGAUAAACUAGCCAUCAAGUAUCUCAAUGACGGCCAGCCAAUCAAUGAUGAAAGACGGAAGGUUUAUAACAUGAAAAUUGAAAGAUUCAAAUUGAUCUUUGAUAUUUUGGUGGAGAUUGAUAUCAAAUCUAUUCAAAGUUAUGAAAACUUCAGAAAGAAUUAUGGUAAUGAUCCUAUUAAUUUGGAAAGCACCAAGUUGAGGGACCAAAGUUAUGCGCUUUGCUUCAAGUAUAAUGACAAACUAUUCCAUUAUGAAUUUUAUGACUGGUUUGUUGCUCAAGACCUUGAUAAAAAAUUAUUGGAGAUCGACACCCCAUUCAUUUUAUCGUACUUGAAAGAAAGAUCAGUACAUUCGGCGGAAAUCUGUUACUUGUUAUCUAGAUAUUAUUCCAAAAGACAAUAUUAUUAUGAAUCUGCUGAUGUUUUCUACAAGUUGGCCACUAGUGACUUUGCAUUAUCGUUGGACCAAAGAAUUGAAUAUUUGGCCAAAGCGAGCGGUUUCUGUAAUUGCGUUGAACAAUUUAAUUUGAGACAACAAACCGUUGAAUUGCUCAAUAAUAUCCAAAACAAUUUAGAUGUGGCAGGUAUUCAGUUAGAAUUGGUGAAUAAAUUGCAAAAUGAUACUGCUUUGACCGAAGCUCAAAAAAAUGAAAACAUUGAGUUGUUGAAUAAGAACAUUUUGGACAUUAGUCAACUUUAUAAUGAGUUUGCGGAUCCUUUGGGAUACGAUGACUUAUGUUUGAUUAUUUUCAAAGAAAGUGACUACAGAAACUUUGAAGAGAUCCACACGAAAUGGGAUCACAUUCUUGAAAAGAUCAAAUCGAUUUAUGAUUCAAACAGUGAGAUGGAACCUUUGGGAGUGAUGGUGUCAAAUGUUAUGAUACAAGUUGGUAAGAGAGUACAUGAUUCUGAAUUUGUGUUCCCAAUUCCGGUGUUGAUUGAAAAAAUGCUCAAGGUGUUGAGUCCUGUGCAAUUGACCCCUGGUAUCAUUGUGGAUAGUUUUAUCAAAUCGGGGGUUUCUUACAGUAAAUUGUAUUAUAUCUUGAAAGAGAUGAUCGAGAUUAAUACCUCGAAGGAUAAACUGUCAAUCAAGAACGAGAUGGUGUACUUGAUUCAAAACUGGUGGCAGAAUGAUUCAAGAUUGAAGGAAUUUAUUUCAUCUAAUGAGGUUUUGAAUUUGUCAACCUAUUCCAUUUCCAAUGAUCCAAUCAAUAAGUACAUCAAUGAGUUGAAUGUUUGA